AAAAAUUAACAUUGACCGAGAUGACCUCGUUUUGGAAGAACAGACAGAUCGAUUAGGUCAUCGAUUGGAGACAUUGUGAUUAUUACAACGUUUAUGAUGUUUAUCUACGCCCCGAGACAACUGGAAUUACUUUUCUUUCAGUUUACAAUUCAAUACAUUGAUUACAAAUUGCGCGGUAAUUUAUAAUUGGAUAACACGAAUUUUCCCGGAAUAUCGCAAUCGAAGUUAAUGAUAAGCCUCUGUAGCUAUCGUAGCUGGCAGCAGUGGCAGCAGUGACAUUCGCUGAUAUUCAACAUGUCCAGUUUUUAGCAGGUGGUGUUAGAUUCCCCUUUUUUUGAGAUAAACUUGCCGACUCAGAUCUUUGGAAAACGUGUGAGAAUAUCACGGGUCUUUCUCUCAAGUACCCACAGCUUCCGAAGUGCAUUUAAGCAUCGCCCACACAGCCAAUUAGAGAACAAGAGAUUGAAUUGCAAGGUGCUAUGGAGAGAGCAGACAGCUUCUACGCGGUAGCGUUGCUCGUUGCGGCAAUGUGUGCUUUGUGGAUCAUCAAAAGGCUCUACAAAGAUACAUUUUUGACUGAUUUUCGUGAGAAGUAUGUUUUGGUCACUGGUUGCGAUUCAGGAUUCGGAAGGGAAACUGCAUUACGACUCGACAGCCUGGGAUUCAAUGUAUUUGCGACGUGUCUAACGAGCGAGGGGAAAGAAAACCUAACCGCGGCGUGCAGCAAAAGGCUAUCCGCUUUGCACUUGGAUGUUACAGACUCGGAAGAAAUCAAGAAGACAUACAAGUUUGUGGCGCAGUAUUUACCUGAAAAUAGAGGUUUGUGGGGUCUGAUAAAUAACGCUGGCAUCGCUAAAGUUGGACCGAUCGAGUGGCAGACUAUUGAAGAGUUUAAACAAAUCGCAGAUGUGAACCUUUGGGGACUGAUUGAUGUCACCAAGGUGUUCUUACCGCUGGUCAAAAAGGAGCGAGGACGCAUCAUAAACCUCGCUAGUAUCGGAGGUAGAACGUGCUUACCUCACGCAUCAGCAUAUUCCAUUUCCAAGUUUGGUGUAGAGGCAUUUUCGGAUGCUCUCCGUCGUGAACUGGGUCCGACUGGUGUCAAGGUCAGCAUUGUGGAACCAGGCUUUUUUCAGACAAAAAUCACCAAUCCCGACAACCUCAAGGGUCAAUGGCAGGAUCUCUGGACCAACCUGAGCCACAGUUUAAAAGAGGAGUACGGGGAGAAGUUCUACGAAACUAGCGUUAAGAACAUGCUAACAGGAAUGGUAGACACAUGUGCCUCACCCCACCUGUACAAAGUAGUCGACGCCAUUGUUCACUCACUGACGUCAAGAUAUCCCAAGACCAGGUACAUGGUUGGCUGGGAUGCUAAGCUCCUCUGGAUUUGGGUCUCUAGGCUUCCAGCAGGUGUUGGAGACGCCAUAUUGAAUUUUUUGGGUGACAAAGCUGAACCUAUCGUUUGCACAGGAGCAGUAACGCGGCCGUGCAAAAGUUUAGGGAAACUAAACGGGAACAAUAAUUCAGAAAAAGCUUUUGCUCUCAGGAAGUGAGAUGAUGUGGGAAGUGUUUUCUUUGAGUUUGAUUAUCAUCUGUGAAUGGCUAUUCUGCAUUCGAUUGGUUUUUAUCUUUUUUAACCUCGCCCCUCUCUUCGAAGCCGUUGAGAGCGCGAUGUUUGCGCGGCAAAGCAACGCCAUCGGGUUUUACAUAUUUUACCUGUUUAGCUAAUAGUGAAGAGGGAAGAAAUGGCUUUAGAAUUUUUAAUUCAUUACUUUUGGGAAGUUAACAAUUUAAAAAGAGGAAAAAUUGAAUAAUCACAUGUCCUAUUUAUAACUCAA